GUGGCUGUUCCAGACUUGCUUUGCUCGGAGUGUGCUGAGAUCUCCGCUCUCCUCCAGACAUGAGGCUGCUCUGCGUGCUCUUUGCUGUGCUCCUGCUCUUCUCCAUGGCUGCCCCAGGGUAUAGGAAGCGCAAGGGUACCUGCAAAGGGUACUGCGCCCCCACGUGCAACAAAAAGGAUGAGUGGUCGUUCCACCAAUCCUGCAAGAAGAUGUACUGCUGCCUUCUCCCUCUCAAGAAGGGAAAAUGAUGGCCAGCAGGUCCAGCAGUGGAGCAGGAGCAGCUCUGGCUGUGUUCGUUGAGUGACAGAUGGUGUUUUUUGCUUUGAAAUAAAUACGAGUUGAUGUGA